AUGAAUUUAGAGGAUACGAAAGAGAAUAUUCAACCCCUGCGCGGGGGCAGAAAUGUUGAGCAGCUCGAGUACGCAUUCGUGUCUCCGGAACGUUGGGAAGAGGAACGAAAGGCAAAUGAGGAAGCACUGGAAAACUAUGAGGGCGACGAUCCAUUGGAACCGUGGUACAAUUACUUCUACUGGAUGGAGCAAACGAACGUUAGCAACUUUAAACCUGCGAUACAGGAGCAGGCACUUCGACGGUGUGUACAAAAGUUUGAAAAUGAUCCACGGUACAUGCAAGAUCAUCGGUUCAUUAAGUUGUGCAUAAAAUACAUUGAUGCUCAAGCAUCGCCGGUAGAGUUGUACAACGAACUGUACCUUCGCGGUGUGGGCACACUGUGUUCCGAGCUGUAUAUUGCAUGGGCGUACUACUACGACGCCGUGGAUAACUUUGCAAAAACAGAAGAUGUGUUUCAAAAAGGGCUGCGGGCGGGAGCCGAACCGAAGGCGGACCUAGAGCAAGCACACACGACGUUUGGAUUUUCUAUGUCGCAACGUUUGCUGCACAAGGACGAAUCCAGCAAGUUAAAGUUUCAAACAAUCCUCGGUGAACGCCGUAAUGCGCUCACGUCGUUGAAAGCAUCGCGAAAAAAGCACGUGGGCAGCAUCCGCACCGGAUUGGCUGUUAAAAGCUAUCAGCCGGGGAGAGUGAAUCAGGAAAACGUGGAACCCGGUACAAACGCACCAACGAGCUCGAUCGUUUUCUCCGAUGAUCCAGGUCAGUCUGAGGCGGGUCCCUCAAUAGUUCGUCCCUUUUCGAGCGUUCACAGCGAGCCAGAGAACAUAAUUGAGGCGGCCCGGUUUGCAAAAUCGAAUGCGUUGUCUCAAAAAAAGCCGGCUCUUUUUGGUAUGCAUCAGGCACCGUGUUUUCAUAUACCGGAAGACGAGGAAAUCUUCGAGCCGCUUCCUGUGAUCGUGGAAAAUUAUUCUCGCGGGAUCGUUCUAUCGAGGACGUUUUGUCCCAAGAAUAAUCCGCAAACUGCCUUUAACGUCGACAUAUGCGUGGGAGAACAAGGAAAGGAAAAAUCCAUUCCCAUGUACGAUAAAAUACGGCUGUACUGUAGGACGACUGACCGCUAUUGUGAAGGGCGUGAGAAGACGGAAUUUUCACCGGAAGAGCUACGCGCCUAUAGGUACUUCAUGCGACAGGGGAAGCAGAAUCGCUUUACGAACGAUCAAGCGCAAGUGUGGGGCCAAGGGUACGACGUUGGUAUUCGACUUCAUCCUCUUCACGUAUCGUCGUGCACGAACAAUAAUGAUAAAGUGGAGGCAUUCCAAAACCCAUCGCCCGAGGAAUUGAGCUUGAAUAUUGAAACUAAAAUUCGCGAAAUGUACUCAAACACGCAUGAAGAACGAUCUAUCGAAGAGCUGCUUGUCGAGAAAUGGCUUAAAGGAGAUAUAAAGAAGUGCAUUGAUCGACGCUACCAGGAUGACAUCGAUCCAGUUGAUAUGGACGAAACGCACGUCGAAUCAAAGCGGAUUUCGAUGGGAAUGGCACGAUUCAGUAUGGCACCACCGCUUCCUCCGACUGGCAGUGGCAACAACCAACCGCAAACUUCCCAACGUAAAUCUAUUUUCCCAACUCGUCCGGCUGCGCUCGUUGUAUCAUGCAUACAGGAAGAAACGGAAGAAGAGCUCCAGAAUCGAAGUACGCUAACUAACGAAAAAACGGCAACCAAAUCAUUGAGGGAGGCGAACGUUCAUCAGGAUGGCAAAGAAACUGUGUCUAGAAAACGCCUUUCAAAUGACGUGCUCCAGCAGGAAGUUUUUAAAAAGGAAGACUCAACACCCACCCCACUAAAAGCUUUUGUCGCCAACGAUGCUGCGGAGAAGCAGUUGUCGAACGAGACGUCUCCAACGGGCAGCCCGGUACGAACAACGUCUCAGAAAAUUGCAAUUUUUGUCGACGACAGCGAUGAAAACGAUGAGCAGGAAGUUCAGGCUAUAUAUCCAAAGCCUCUGCUAUCGAACACGAACGAACAGGGCCAACAUCAACAGCAGCCACCGCAACCUUACUUUCCAAAUGAUACUUGUUCGACGCAAAUGUUCAACUUUUUCGUUAAGAACAUAAGUACACCCGUUGCACCAGUUUGCAAACAGUUGGCUCCUUUGUCUACCACGCCAACGAACCCUUCGACGAAGCGCAUGGUAGUUUACGAGGAUGAUGUGGAAGCGGAAAAUGAGGCUGCCAACGAAGAACCAGGGCAACCGAACGACACCGCAUCAAAGCGGACUAGUUCCGGUGGUAUGCAUGCUCCUGUUUCCAUUCCGGUAGCGAUCAUAAACGACGAAAAUGCGGUUCCGGAGAGCAUUACACCACCGUCCACAUCAUCCGGUUGCAGUAGUAUGCAAAAUCACAAGCAAUUGUCAACUAUAAUGGAGCGGACGGAAUCAAGCACGGCUUCGUCAACGGCGGCCGUAGGCACAACUAAAUGUUCAGUCGAUUUGCAGGGCCAUUCUCCGGACAUAAAUUUCAACGCCGUUGAAAACACGCCUUCUUCGAUUUCGGCCAUCACGUCUACCUUGGGCGGAUUUGUCGAACAACCGAAAAAGUUCGGCUUUCCGUUGCCUGGCGACGAUGGUAAAGGAUUUUGCAUCCACAUCGACAGCACUGAGACAAUGGCCAAUAUUCCUCUCGUAAAACGUCAACCUUUGCCGGCAGCAACCCCCCUAGCAUGCACCGAUAACAAGGAAAACGAACUCGUAACACGUGCCACCGGUGCUGCCGCGGGUCGUGGUGGAAUUUUUCACCUUUCCGAAGAGGCAACGUGCAGUGGCUUUGGUUUCGCGGGAACCAUCGGAAACAGAGACAUCUCCCAUAUGGUUCAACGGGAGUUGGACGUGAAUUCGAUCGCAUCGUUCCGGAUGGGGACGGAGCGCACCAACACGGUUCCAUUACAAUUGGUCAAACCGCAAAACACGAUCCCAGAAGUCGUUGCGAACGUACCAUCAAGCACGUCGAUCGACACCAAUAUCGUUAGCAAUGGAAGCACACUUUUGGGUGGUAAUUCCACCGCAUCCACCAUUGUGGCCGUUGACAAGAAAGUAAACGAGUCACCGAAGAAAAGAGGUACUCUUUCGGCCCUGCUUGAUGCUACGUUUUCACCAAAGCUGGUAGAGAAAGAAAACAGCGGUAGUAGUGCAACGGUCACACCAACAAUGGCCAACAAUCGAGCAAGUGGAGAAAAAUUUAAGGAAAACUCGUUCAAUUUGAGUGGCUUUGCAAUGUCGCCUAAAAGUAAACUACCCAUAGCCACACCAAGCGAUCAAUUGUCCUUGUUAGAACCGGUGGUUGCUCCUGUCGUUUGCGCAGACUUAUCGCUUUUGCCGAUGGAUCAAAUAAAGGUGGAAAAUUCGCUGAAUAUCGAAGCGAGUAUAGCGCUGCCUAAAUGCACCGUUAAUGCACCACCACAGCCAGCGGAAACGAUCGUAAAGGUUCCGGUGGUGGUUCCCGUAGAGCGAGUGGUUUUGGAUGACUUUCCAUCCCCGCUGCCACCGCCAGGAGCGUCUGAGCGCGCGUCCUUCGACGACAUCAACACGGCAGUGUUCUCUUUAAAUAUUAAAAGUGUCGCCAACUCGACGAUUAUCCCAGAAAAUUUCAAAACUCCAUGCAAACAAAGUUCGAAAGCCAACGUAGCUCCACCGUUAAAAAUCGCCAAUGUAAAGAGUGGCCUGGAAGAGAUACCGUCCUUUCUGAAGCCACAGGCUCCGCCGCCGCAGCAACAUGAGCCACAACCGAUGGCGAACGUUAGGCAACAAAAGAGCAUAUCGCCUGUCGAUCGACAAGCUAGAUUACCGUUUGAUCCUUUCGUCAAUUGUGAUGCCGAUGUAUCGAUUUACCAUUCGCGGCCGGCUAUAUCGCAAGAUGCCGAGCUUUGGCCCGAAUCAGAAGAACCGGUCGAUGCGAUACACAGCAACGAAUACCAACACAAAACGAUCAACAUGGACUGCACCAUGGAUAUGAUCAACGCCCACAAAUCGACCGAGGAUAUCGAUCCUUUCGAAAGGCAGCUGCAGGAAGCGUUUCUAGAUCGGCUAGACUUUACGGCUUACAUAUCUGAGCUACCUUCCUGUUUGCUAAUGAAUAAAGUGAUACCACUACGAAAGGAUGUCCUGGUGGAAACGAGCGAGAAAAAUGUCGCGUUCCGCGUGCAGCAAAAGAUCGGCAAAGGAACUUAUGGAACAGUGUUUAGCGCCACAGAAGUGUCUACGGGGAAAAAAGUUGCACUAAAACAGGAACGCCCGGCAAACCUUUGGGAGUACUACAUCUGUCUGGAGUUGCGUAGCCGCAUCAAACAUCCUGAUAUCCUUUCAGGAUUUAUGCCGAUAGAUUAUGCGAUUAUUGGAAACAAUGCGAGCAUUUUCGUGUCACCCUACUCGCAAUAUGGCAACAUUUUGGAUGUAUGCAACAAGAUCAACAAAGCGACUAACAGAAACGUGGACGAAUUCAUAGCUAUGAUUUUAACCGCACAGAUGCUCUCGAUCGUAGACCAUCUGCACAGCUGCCAGAUCAUUCAUGCCGACAUAAAACCGGACAAUUUUCUGCUAAUGGCACCGGUGCAGUUGAAUUCGAACAUACCCUGCAUACAGCUGAUUGACUUUGGCGUCAGCAUCGAUAUGAAACUCUUCCAGGAGGAUGUAAUGUUUAAGAAGGUCAUUACAACGGAUGGGUUCACGUGUAUCGAAAUGAUGGAAAACAAACCUUGGACGUACCAACCCGAUCUGUUCGGUGUUGCAGCUACCAGCCACGUCAUACUGUUCGGUGCGUACAUGAAGGUGCAGAAGAACAUUGUGAACUGGAGCAUCAGAAGCUCGAUGCCGCGGUACUUCAAGAAGUCGGUGUGGGAGAACUUCUUCAACACGAUGCUGAACAUACGGGAUUGUGCGCAUUUGCCCAACCUGCAGAAAUUGCGCACGUCCUUCCUGGAGACUAUCACCCUGCACGAAAAGUACAUCCAGAACAAAGUCGUAGAGUUCAAUCAAGCGCUCUCAACGUGCAAGUAG